CCCCCCUUCCUCCUCAGAAAUGGAAUCGUCUAACGGCUCCAUCAGAAAAGCAAAUGUGUGGAAGAGUGUAAAAGCCAGCAGUGCCUCUGCUUCACCUUCACGACGCCUACCGGCAGCGGAACACCAGUCCUGUGAUAAGGAGGAAUAAAUGGAGAGUCAGCAACUGAAGGAUCCACUGAAUAAAGUUUCACUAAUCAAAGAUGAGCUGACUCGGAGCUCCAUGGAGGCCAGUGAGUCAGAGAAGGUGAUUCAGCACCUUAAUCAGGAGCUGAAGGAGGCCCAUGAUCAGGCCAAUGCUGGCAAGCAGAAGUGUGUGGAGCUGCAAGGCCUUCUAGAGGAGGAGAAGCGGGCCAGCAAGCAUCAGACAGAGGAGUCUGCAAAGCAGAUGAAGAUUCUUCAGACUCAGCUUCAGAAGUUGCAGGAUGAAAUGGAAAAUCUCAGGGAACAGAAGGACAGUACUAUUUUAAGUAUGCGACAGGAAGCACACGCAUCUCAAGAGGAAAUGCAGGUACUGCGCCGAAGCAUGGAGAAGGCUGCAGCCGAGCGCGAGCACGAGGUCAGCGCUCUAAAGGGCAACCUGGCAACACUAACUACUGAGCUGGAGAAAUGGCAGUUGACUGCAAAUAAGUACGAGCGUGAGAUUGACAGCCUGCAGGCAAAUCACCAGCAACAGAACCAGCAGAGAGACAAAGUUGCUAAACAGCAAGCCAGUGAGCUGGAGAAGCUGAAGCAGGACUAUGAGAGCCUGCAGAGGGAGUGUGUGUCUCUCAGGUCAGAGCGGGAGCAGUUGGCUGCACAGCAGCAGAAGGAGAACAGCAGUCUGCAGAGUGAAUGCUCGUCACUGCGCUCUGAGAAAGAUCAGCUUCUAAGGAAACUGCAGCAACUGGAAAAAGAGCUAGACAGCUGUAAGAAGCAGAGUGAAAGUCUGAGCAGCACGGCAGAGGCUCUGGAGAAGACAAGGGCUGACCUAGAGAAAUGUCUGAGUGCUGCGCAGGAGGAGCAUCAGAAAAACUGCAGCCAGCUUCAAAGCCAGCUGGAGCAGAGCAAAACGAGGACCAAAGAGCUGCAGAAGGAGUACGAAGAGACGCAAGCAGAGCUGUCAGGCCUGAAAGAGAGGUGUGAGCAGGUAGAGCAGAACAAGGAGUCUCUCAGCCUGGAACUGCAGCAGUGCCAAGCUAGCCUGAAGUCUCUGCAGGAGAAAAGCAGCCAACUGUCUUUAUUGCCGCCCAUCCUAGCCGUAGUCAUCGGCCUUGUCCUGGCUUUGCUGUAUUGGUGCUUCGGCCCAUUGUGGUAGAAAGGAAAGAUGGAUCAGGUGGAUGCCUGUCGCCGCUGUAACAGUUGCUGUCACAGCCUACGUGCUCACAAAGACUUCAACCUGAGUAUCUGGCACUAUGAAGCACUGAAAAAAACACACGCGCACAUUUCCGACCUUACAGACAUAUUGCCCUUUUAGUAUAAGAGGGCUUUAUGUGAGAACUAGUGCAGCUUGUAACUAUAAUAUUGAAUGCUGAAGGCCUUAGUUUAAUUAUAUAGGGUAUUAGAUCCAUAUCAGAUCCAAGCUCCAAGCAGCUGCAGUGUUUCUGUAAAGGCGAAGACUUUUAGACUUUAAUGUGUCUAAAUGUUAGUUUUCUUCCUGCAAAAUGUAGUUAUUUUGCCAAACAUUUGUAUUAUACGCAUUUGCCUUACUGAAUUAAUGAUGAGGUUAGCCCAUUUCCUGAUUGCACUGCUAUAUUUCGUCUGCUAUAUAAAAAAAAGUCAGCUUUAAAUAAUUAUUUUAAUAAUUCACUAUAGUGAAAGCAAUAAUACAUUUGAAACAUGUACUCACAUUUGAAGUCUUGCACACUAUGAAAAUGGUUCUGUUCUGCUAGUUUUGCUCUUCUUGUACUGAUUUAAUCGUGUUCGUCUUAUUUAUCUAGUUGCCAGUUCUGAUCUUAAUUUAAAGUUACAAAAACAAAGUUUAUGCCCUGUUUGUCAAUGUUCUAUAGCUUUUUAAGUAUUAAGGUAUUAACAAUCAGAAUACUACACUUAAAGUUAAGAGCACUAAUUUGUCUCAAAGAGACACUUAAAGCAAUUAAUUUGUUACUUGUACAGAUGUUUGCUGAAGGACAGAGAUUUAAAAGUGUGCUUGUUGCAACAAUUAAACAGAAAUAUUAAUGGAAAUAAAGAAGAAAGUGUGUGUUAA